UAACACUUCACCACUAUAUAUCUCUCUCUCAAGGUCUCAAUUCAUCUUCCGACACGUGAAAAUGACAGAAAUUCCCUCGUACAUGAUCGAGAAUCCUAAGUUCGAGCCUUACAAGCCAAAGAACCGAUAUUUUUGUUCUUUCCCAAUGUUCUCCACCCUCUUAUCGAUCUUCACCUACGUUUUGAUCUUCUACGUUUUCGAACUAUCUCCAUCGUCGAUCUUCAAAGACACAAAGGUUUUGUUCUUGAUCUCCAACACUCUCAUCCUCAUAAUCGCCGCCGAUUAUGGCGCCUUCACUGAUAAAAAGAGUCACGACUUUUACGGUGAAUAUACUGCGGCGGCGGCAGCGAUGAGAAGCCGUGCAGAUAACUACUCUCCGAUUCACGUCUUAACAUACCAAGAAAGCCCUGAACAGCAAAACUCCAUCGAUGCAGAAACCAAGAACCCUAAAUAUGUCGAAAUCAAGAACCCUAGAGAUGUUGAAAUCAAGAAGCCUGAUGAAGAAGAACCGAUGGUGAAAGAUAUUGUAUGCGUUUCUUCACCUCCUGAGAAAAUAGUGCGAGUGGUGAGCGAGGAGAAACCGAGAGACCAUGUAGCUAUCGAGAAAUACAAACCGGCUAUUGAGCAAACCGUUUCUAACAAAGAAACUUGCAACGCAAGAAACCAUGUGAACCGUAAAUCAUACGGACGAACCAAAUCAGAUAAACCGAGACGGGUGAUGAUAACCGAAGAUACAAAGGCCAAACGUAUAAGUUAUCAUCGAAGCGAAUCGGAUAGCUCGAAGUGGAUGGUUGUUCCGGAGAAAUGGGAGAAUCUUGAAGAAGAAUCGGAAGAGUUCUCAAAGAUGUCGAACGAGGAAUUGAACAGAAGGGUCGAAGACUUUAUCCAACAGUUCAACAGACAGAUCAGAUUGCAAUCACGAGUUUCGUCUACUUGAUGUGAAUUGCUCAUAGUAGGACAAAGUUAGUAAGAACUUCUCUUUUUUUUGGUUAUUGGAGUUCUAUUUUCUUUUCUUUUUUGAAGACUUGGUGAUGGGAUGACUAUUUUUGCAGUCGUCGGUGUGGAAAUGAUAAUAGUUACUGAUAACUACACUCUUUUGUUCUUAGAAAGAAUAUAUAUAUAUAUAUAUAUUAUAUCAUAUUAAUAAUAGCUUAAUGCCAAAAAAACCAUAAUGCAUGUAUAAUUAAACUUU